AUGGGUUGCACCAUGUCACAGGAGGAGCGGGCCGCUCUCGAGCGGUCACGGAUGAUCGAGAAGAACCUGAAGGAGGACGGCAUGCAAGCGGCAAAGGACAUCAAGUUGUUGCUGCUCGGAGCCGGAGAGUCCGGAAAGUCCACCAUCGUCAAGCAGAUGAAGAUUAUCCACGAGUCCGGGUUCACCGCCGAGGACUACAAGCAGUACAAGCCGGUCGUCUACAGCAAUACCGUCCAGUCACUGGUCGCCAUCCUGCGCGCCAUGGCCAACCUUGGGGUCGCGUUCGGGACCACUGACCGAGAGGGUGACGCCAAGCUCGUAAUGGACGUUGUCGCAAGAAUGGAGGACACCGAGCCGUUUUCAGAGGAAUUAUUGUCUGCAAUGAAGCGGUUGUGGGCGGAUUCCGGGGUCCAAGAAUGCUUCUCCCGAUCCAAUGAAUAUCAGCUCAACGACUCAGCAAAAUAUUUCCUGGAUGACCUGGAGCGGUUGGGUGAAGCGUCAUACCAACCGACAGAGCAGGAUAUCCUCCGUACUCGUGUCAAGACGACGGGUAUCGUCGAAGUACACUUCACUUUCAAGAAUCUCAACUUCAAAUUGUUUGACGUGGGAGGCCAAAGGUCGGAGCGAAAGAAGUGGAUCCACUGCUUCGAAGACGUCACAGCCAUCAUUUUCUGCGUGGCCAUGAGCGAAUACGAUCAAGUACUCCAUGAAGAUGAGACCACGAAUCGAAUGCACGAGUCGCUGAAGCUGUUCGACUCGAUCUGCAACAAUAAGUGGUUCACGGACACGUCGAUCAUCCUUUUCCUCAACAAGAAGGAUCUCUUUGAGGAGAAGAUCAAGAAGAGCCCAUUAACUGUCUGUUUCCCUGAAUAUUCGGGACGGCAAGACUACCACGAGGCAUCUGCAUACAUUCAGGCACAAUUUGAGGCCAAGAACAAGUCGGCUAACAAGGAAAUCUACUGCCACAUGACGUGCGCGACAGACACGACAAACAUCCAGUUCGUCUUCGACGCCGUCACCGACGUGAUCAUUGCGAACAACCUGCGAGGUUGCGGGCUGUAC